UUAAGGCAGAUGAUUUCACCUUGUAAUAAAGCAUCCUGUGUUCUUGUUGUACGCACUGACAGUUUUAUGGCUCUAAUGGCCAUUUCUCUUCAGUAUCUCCUCCACAUAUCAACGAUUUUUCUUAUAUCGGGUGCACUGACCCUUGCUCAAGAUGAAACACAGUUCACCUACAAUGGUUUCAGAGGAUCCAUUAACAAACUUCAUGUUGAUGGACUUGCAACUAUCCUCCCAAAUGGCCUUCUCCAAAUGACAAACUACUCAAUGCGCAAUACUUCCCAUGCUUUCUAUCCACAUCCCGUGAUCUUCAAACCAAAGCAUCUAUCAUUCUCCACCACUUUUGCUUUCGCAAUGUAUCCUCAAGUACCAAACCAUUCUGGCCAUGGAAUUGUUUUUGUUAUUAGCCCAUCCACAAAUUUCAAACAUGCUCUCUCAUCCAUAUAUCUAGGACUCGUCAAUACUACCAGCGACGGCCUAUCUUCAAACCAUAUAUUUGCUGUAGAGCUAGACACCAUCCAAACAAGAGAGUUUGGAGACAUUGAUGAUAGCCAUGUUGGAAUUGAUGUUAACAGCCUGCGCUCCAUUGAUGCUGCUUCAUCAUCUUACUAUUCAGAUAAAGAAGGGGUAAAUAAAACCCUGUUGCUAAAUAGUGGCAAACCGAUGCAAAUUUGGAUAGAAUAUGACGAGGCACAGAUGUUAGCUAAUGUAACAUUAGCUCCUCUUGGUCAUCCAAAGCCUAGCAAGUGCCUGUUGUCUAAGCACAUCGAUCUUUCUACAAUACUCCUUGAUUCUAUGUAUGUCGGUUUCUCAUCUUCUACUGGCAAGGUCUCAAACAGUCAUUAUAUACUAGGAUGGAGCUGGAGUCAAAGUGGGAAAGCGAAAGAUCUAGACCUUUCUAAGCUCCCAUCACUCCCACGAAUCAAACAUAAAAAAUUAAGCUCAAACAAGCUAGUUUUUGUACUUCUUCUCAGUGUAGUUUUACUGUUGCUUUUAGUGAUCGCAGGAGUAUUUUGGUUCACAUGGAGGAAGAAGUAUGAAGAGUUGCAUGAAUCUUGGGAAAAAGAAUAUGCCCCACAUAGAUUAUCAUAUAAGGAUCUCUUUGUAGCAACAAAGGGAUUUAAAGAGUCCGAGCUUCUUGGAGUUGGAGGUUUUGGGAAGGUCUACAAGGGCGUGUUGCCUUCUACAGGUGCCCAAGUUGCUGUGAAACAAAUCUCUCAUGAUUCAAAUCAAGGGAUGAAAGAAUUUGUAGCGGAGAUCUCUUGCAUGAGAAGGCUAAGGCAUAGAAACUUGGUACAGCUCCUAGGAUAUUGCAGAAGAAAAGGAGAGCUUCUUUUGGUCUAUGAUUACAUGCCUAAUGGCAGCCUUGAUAAACUCCUGUUUGACAAGUUUGAGAAAUCAAAUUUGUGUUGGUCCUCAAGGUUUAAUAUCAUUAAAGGUGUGGCAUCUGCCCUUUUAUACCUUCAUGAGGAGUGGGAACAAGUUGUCCUUCACCGAGAUGUUAAGGCAAGUAAUGUCCUGUUAGAUGCUGAAAUGAAUGCCAGGUUGGGUGAUUUUGGCCUUGCCAAGCUUUACGAUCAUAGCAUUGAUCCUCGGACAACCCAUGUGGUGGGAACUAUUGGAUAUAUUGCACCAGAGAUUAGUACAACACGGAAACCUACCACUAGCACCGAUGUUUUUUCUUUUGGAAUGUUCUUGCUCGAGGUGGGUUGUGGUAGGAGGCCUACUGGCAAGCAAGAUGGAGAGGAAGGUGCAGAGGCUCUGUUUCUCAGUGAUUGGGUGUAUAAUUGCUGGAAAAGGGGAGAAAUUCUCAAGGCAAGUGAUCCAAGGAUGGAAGGAGAUUAUGUGGAAUACGAAAUGGAACUUAUCUUGAAAUUAGGCCUUCUUUGUUUAAAUCCGAUAGCAGAAGGAAGGCCAACAAUGCAGCAAGUAGUUCAGAUUCUUACUGGCAAUGCAUCAUUGCCUGAUUUGCCAUCUGAAUACAACCCUGAAACCAGUCCUUUUUGGGGAGGACUCUGCAACAUUGAUUCAAUGCCCUCAUCGUUUCCAUCGUCGUCUGGAACUAGCUCUCUUGGUGUCAUGUCUAGCAUAAAUUCAGUCCUCCACUAUGGUCGUUAAAUUUUUCAUAGACUCCAUAGUCCUGAUAAAGUACUAUGUUAGGCUGUUAGCUAAAUGUAAUUGCCUACGUUGUUGACAAUCUUAUUCCCUGUAAGUUAUAACCUCGUAUGUUGAGUUCAUGUGUAAUGAAAAUGUGUUGCUUCAGUGGGGUAGUUGCUCAUAAGUAAGUUAAAUAUUUAAAGGGUUAAGGUAAUAGUAAAUUUAGCCAUUUAAGCCUAGGUUAGCCACUUCAGUAAUAUAUAGCAUACACUAAUGAAAUAGCCAAAAAAAAAAACAAAAAAAAAAAAAGUGAAAUCUGUAAAAAAAAUACAAGGUCAUCAUGUAGAAUUUUCCAAAAGUAAAUAAAGAGGUAUGCGGCAAUCUUAGUGGGAUAGAGGGGUUAAGGCGUAGUAGUAGCCGCAGCAGUAGUAGUAUGCAGUUCACGUAAUUUUAAAUGUUAGAUUCAAGUAUAUACAGCUCAUAUACGACAAUUAUAUGACUUCAACUUUCCAACUUCCAAGCAAUGACUUUUCAAGCGGCGACAAAACCGACUUCUUUCACUUGACUCCAAACAGCAUGAGACAUCAUUUAUCACUCAAGACACUCACCUCUAUCCAUCCUAAUCUUCUGUGACCAAGAAUUCAGAGUUGCAGACAUUUAGUGUAAAAGGAAAAAAGAAAAAAGAAAGACUAA